UCCAUUUCUCACGGCACAGACCUGUUGUCCGUUUUUGUCUCCCUCCCAGGCUUUCUCAUUUGUUUCAACCGUCUUCUAGUGUUGUUGAACAGUCCCUACCUACCUUGGUGAUGCGAGCUUGAACGAGUAGUGAAGUAUUGUAACUGCAAAACCUUCACUUCACUGGAAUGAAACAUUGAAAGGCAGAACAUUAUUGACCAGGACUCAGGAGUUUGAUAAUUUUUAAUUGGAAUGAGAUAAGUCAGGCAACGAAGUAGUUUCUUUUCGAGAGGACAGUGCAAUUUACGUGACAAGAAGCCACCAACCAUGGAGUUCCAAGCUGUAAUUAUGGCUGCUGGACGUGGCUUGCGAAUGGGAUGCCUCACUUCAGGCACCCCCAAAGCACUGCUGCCUUUAGGUCACUAUCCCCUGUUGUAUUAUCCAGCAAAGCUUUUGGAGAGAAGUGGCUUCGAAGAGGCCAUUCUGAUUGUGCCCGCGUCUCAGAAACUUCUUUUCACAGCCACAGUCUCUAAACUGGGAUUAAAUCUGAAGUUUGAGAUUGCUGAGGUCAAUGAGGAUGAUGAUCUAGGCACAGCUGAUGCUCUUCGUCUCAUUGCUCCGAGAAUAAAGACCGAUGUUCUUGUGGUCAGCUGCGACUUCAUCAGUGAUCUUAGUCUGCAGAGAUUUGCGGACAAGCAUCGGCGACAUGACUCAUCGGCCACAGCUCUGCUCGCUCCCACUUCUCUUGCGUUCGCUAACAUGGACAAGGCCAAGGUCACGGGAACGAACAGCCAGGAGCUCAUCAUCGGUCUGGACCCAGCUGAUGACCUUCUUGCUGUCUUUGUGGAUAAAGUGGACGUGGAGGGUGAACAUCUGAGCAUCGGGAUGAACCUCUUGCGCCAGCAUCCGCACAUUCGGCUGGAGAACACUCUCUACGACGGACACUUGUAUUUCUUCAAGAAGUGGAUCGUCGACUAUGUCUGUGCAAACACAUCUUUGAAGUCCAUUCAGGGUGACCUGCUACCGCUGCUCGUCAAGAAGCAGUUUCAGAAGCCAGCUGCACGCACCCCAUUGGCAUCCUCUGGAGCAAACACGCCAACAUCCGCAACCAGCAGCCGGGCAGAAGCACGGGGUGACGUUGCUGCUGCAGCGCGCGCCACGGAUAUUCACAGCUUUGUGCCCAAGAGCUCGUGGGCCGACUUAGCCCGUGCACUACCAGGCUCCAUGCCUGGUGAGGAAGGACCUGAAGGCCACUACACGUGCUACGCCCAUGUCCUGAGCCAGGGGCAUUGUGUUCGAAGUAACACACUGCCUCUCUACUCGGAAGUAGCGCGAACGCUAUCUCAGAUGAAAGGUGCCCUGGGGAUGGAUGCCGUACAGAAUAUUCACCCACCUGUUGUGAUGAAAGACAAGUCUCAGGCCUGUUCAGAGUCCAUAAUUGCUGAACAUUGCAAUAUCGGUGAAAGCUGCUCCAUCAAGAAGUCCACGAUUGGCCAGCACUGUAAGAUCGGUGACAAAGUCAGAAUCACAAACUCCAUCAUCAUGGACCACGUCACAAUCGAGGAUAACUGCAAUUUGCACAACACCAUCGUUUGUCCCAACGCCUAUAUCAAUGACCAGUGUGUGCUAACGAAUUGUCAGGUGGGAAAGAGGUUCACCAUCGCCACUGCGACGCAAGCAAAGAAUGAGACUCUCUGUGGUGACCUACAGGGUUUCUAACUGCUCGCGAUGUCUCUGGCAUGACAUGUAGGACUGUGCCUGGUAUUUACGUUAACUACAUUGCAUGGCAUUGGGAGCUGACACUGGUGGUGACGACGGUGAGGUCUAGCCCUGCUGGACGAUUUUCUGUGACUGGGUGUCACAUCUCCGCAUGCUAUCCUCUCAGCUGUUUUAUGUCGUAGUUGUUGUAGAUGGCGUUUGUCUUCGUUUUUGUUCUCCUGUUGCUCGUCUUUGUGGCUAGGCUGAAUGUCAUUGCUUGGGUCGCUGUUCCUCGUCGCUUCCCCGGUAUGCUCUGCUGGCUUUUUUCAUCUGUGUCGUUGGUUCUCACUGCUGUGUCGAAGACGCUUUGCCAUAGUUCCAUCUGGCUGGGAUUUUGUUUUUGUUUUCGUACCAUGCUGAUCCUUCUUGCUUGCUAGCUCUGUGUCUGUCUGCUGUUGUUGUUUUUAAGUUACCAGUGUUAGUUUUUGUGUGUGCAAGUGUGAGAAAGCCUGAUGGGCUUUGAGAGACCAACAGUUAAUAUUUUAUACUGGGUGUCAUUUUGUUUCACUCUCAGUCGUAUCUGAUACCUGUUCUAUUUGAUGUUCAGCAACCCAUCUUGUGUCCAUCUCAAGAAAUUGUUCGUGAAGCUUUUCUUGCCAGUAGAUUUUA